AUGUCUCAAAGACUCAUGUUCUUGGUCACCCUUAGCUUCUUCACUUUAUUAUCAUCUCCUUCUCUCGCCGUCGAAUUUCCGACCGUCGGAAAUGCCAUGCCACUGACAAAUAUAUGUCGGUUCGCGCCGGAUCCAUCUUAUUGUAGAUCGAUUCUGCCAAACCAGCCCGGAGAUAUUUACUCCUACGGUCGUUUCUCCCUCCGACGGUCCCUCUCACGUGCCAAUCGGUUCAUGUCCCUGAUCGACGCUGAACUAAAUCGAAAAGGCAAAGUGGCUGCUAAAGCCACCGUAAGAGCACUCGAGGACUGCAAAUUCCUAGCCGGUCUGACUAUGGACUUCAUACUUAGUAGCUCACAGACCGUCGAUGCUACCAAAACGUUGUCGUAUUCUAGGGCCGAGGAUGUUCAUACUUUUCUAAGUGCUGCGAUCACCAACGAACAGACUUGUCUUGAAGGACUUAAAUCGACGGCGUCGGGAAAUGGUUUCUCCGGUGAUCUUUUCAACGAUACUAAACUCUAUGGUGUCUCUCUUGCCCUUUUUUCCAAAGGUUGGGUGCCAAGAAGGCAAAGAUCAAGACCGGUUUGGCAACCAGAAGCGAGUUUCAAAAAGUUUUUCGAUUUCCGUAACGGUAGACUACCGUUAAAUAUGACGGAAAGUGCACGUGCCGUUUACGACACGGUGACUAGGAGAAAGCUUCUCCAAGCUGGAGCAGACGCCGUUCAGGUGAGCGACAUUGUGACGGUGAACCAGAACGGAACGGGAAACUUCACGACCAUAAACGAAGCCGUUGCAGCCGCGCCAAAUAAAACUGACGGUACUAACGGUUAUUUCUUGAUCUACGUAACGGCGGGAUUGUACGAGGAAUAUGUUGAGAUUCCUAAGUACAAGAGGUAUGUGAUGAUGAUCGGUGACGGCAUUAACCAAACGGUUAUCACCGGAAACCGGAGCGUCGUUGAUGGUUGGACCACUUUCAAUUCCGCCACAUUUAUUUUAUCAGGACCGAACUUCAUUGGCGUGAACAUAACAAUCCGUAACACGGCAGGACCAACCAAAGGUCAAGCCGUCGCAUUGAGAAGUGGUGGAGACUUCUCUGUUUUCUAUAGUUGUAGUUUUGAAGCCUAUCAAGAUACCUUAUACACGCAUUCUCUAAGACAGUUUUAUCGCGAAUGUGAUGUAUAUGGUACAGUCGAUUUUAUAUUCGGUAACGCUGCAGUAGUAUUACAAAACUGUAAUCUAUAUCCACGCCAACCUCGUAAAGGUCAGUCUAACGAAGUUACGGCUCAAGGUCGUACCGAUCCGAACCAGAACACUGGAACAGCGAUCCAUGGUUGUACGAUAAGACCAGCGGAUGAUUUGGCUACGAGCAAUUAUACAGUGAAGACUUAUCUUGGUCGACCGUGGAAGGAAUAUUCAAGAACCGUUGUUAUGCAGACUUACAUUGAUGAUUUUCUUGAACCGACUGGUUGGAACGCAUGGAACGGUGAUUUCGCAUUGAGUACACUUUACUAUGCGGAAUACAAUAAUACCGGACCUGGUUCUAACCUCACUAACCGAGUCACUUGGCCAGGUUAUCACAUCAUUAACGCUAGUGAUGCUUCUAAUUUCACGGUCACUAAUUUCCUUGUUGGUGAAGGUUGGAUCGGACAAACUGGAGUUCCUUUCGUGGGUGGACUGAUUGCAUAA